AUGUAUGAGCAGUUCAUUGAAGAAUAUUUGCGAUUGGGUCACAUGAGAGAGGUGACGGAUGACGAAGAAUCAACAGCCCCACAGUAUUAUAUACCGCACCAUUACGUGCUUCGGCCUGACAGUUCAACCACAAAACUGCGCGUGGUAUUUGACGCAUCAUGCACCACCAGCAGUGGCAUUUCUCUCAAUGAUUCUCUUUUGAUCGGUCCAACGGUGCAAGAUGAUUUGCUUGCAAUUGUUUUGCGAUUUAGGCUACAUCGGUAUGCUGUUGUCGCUGACAUCGAAAAAAUGUACCGCAUGGUACGAGUUCAGCCCGGCGAUUGGCGGCUGCAACGAAUAUUUUGGCGAGCGAAUCGGAAUGAAUUUAUUCGCAUUUUUGAGCUUCAAACCGUCACUUACGGGACAGCGUCAGCACCGUAUUUGGCGACGAAAUGCUUGAAACGCCUAGCAGAACUCGACGGAAGCAAGUAUCCAGCAGCAGCGAAGGUACUGGCGGAAGAUUUUUAUGUCGAUGAUAUGAUGUCCGGAACUGAUAGCAUCGACGAAGGUGUGCGGCUGUGCGCCAGUAUGCAAGCACUAUUGAACGGAGGUGGAUUCACACUGCGUAAGUGGAGUUCUAAUUGUCCUGCCAUACUAGAACAGAUACCAGACGGAUUCAAAGAUGAUCGCACGUCAUUUAAGUUGGAUGAAUCGAGUGCCACAAUAAAAACACUAGGGCUCAUCUGGGAGCUCCGUCUAUAUUGCUUUAAAUUCAGGAUUCCUGAGUGGAAUUCUUCAGAAAUUUGUAAGCGUACUGUCGUGUCUGACCUGGCAAAGGUCUUCGAUCCGCUCGGACUAGUUGGCCCGAUUGUCAUCACAGCAAAAAUAUUCGUCCAAUCCCUCUGGAAGCAGAAGGUUUCUUGGGACGAAACACUUGCACAUGAGCUCAAAAUGCAGUGGAACGAAUUUCGGCACGGCUUGGAGAAUCUAGUUAAUUGUAAGGUACCGCGGUGGAUUGCAUUAAAUAACGACUGUCGCACAGUUGAGCUACACGGGUUUUGCGAUGCAUCGACAGUGGCCUACGGGGCUUGCAUUUACUUGCGAUGCACACAUCACGACGAAAGCGUUACAUUGCACCCGAUUGCCGCGAAAUCAAGAGUCGCACCGCUUGAGGAUAUGAAAAAGCGAAAGAAAAAGCAAUCUAUUCCACGUUUAGAGCUGUCGUCUGCCUUACUACUGACACAUUUGAGUGAGAAGGUGGUUAGCAGUUUGAAGAUUUCGGCCCGUCAACAUUAUUGGACAGAUUCAAUGAUAGUGCGAUAUUGGCUUGCAUCGGUUCCAUCGCGUUGGCAAGUGUUUGUGGCCAACCGAGUGUCCGAAAUCCAGCACGCAACUAAAAAUGGAAGGUGGAGUCAUGUCCCAGGUACAGAUAACCCAGCCGAUGUUCUUUCGCGUGGCACUACAGCCGAACAACUGAUACACGAUAAGCUGUGGUGGGGCGGACCACAGUGGCUGCAAGGAGAUGAAACUGCGUGGCCGCAGACUCAUAUAUCUCCCCCAAAUGAGAUAUUUAGUUUGAAAUCGUCGUUAACAAGCUUGGUACGACUCGUGGCAUGGUUUCUGAGAUUCAAACACAACUGUUGCAAGGGCAAUCGCGAUAACCGAUGGUCUGGACAGUUAACGUUCAUCGAAAGAGAAACAUCGCUUCUUCAUCUCGUAAAAUUGGCUCAGCACGAGCGUUUCGGACAAGAAAUCAAGGAUUUGCUACAAAAAACCGAAGUUAAACCGACAUCCCGCAUUAAUUCACUCUGCCCAAAAAUCCUGGAUGGUAUAGUUCGCGUCGGCGGCCGGCUUGCGAAUGCGCAGAUUUCAACCGAAAGACGACAUCCGAUAAUUUUGGACAAAGAUCACCCGCUAACUGAACUUAUCGUAUUGCACUACCAUCAUAAGCUGCUACACGCAGGGCAACAGCUGCUCAUUGCCAGUGUUCGAGAGCGAUUCUGGCCAUUGAGCAUCCGCAAUCUCGCCCGCAAAAUCAUUCACCGUUGCGUCUUUUGCUUUCGAGUCAAACCAACUGUGCACGAGCAAUUGAUGGCUGAUCUACCCUCAGAACGCGUGACACCUGCCCCACCGUUUUUACGUGUUGGUGUCGACUACUGCGGACCGUUCCAGACAAAUUACGCAAAUCGCAAGAAGGGUCUGCUAAAAUGCUAUGCUGCUAUUUUUGUAUGCCUCGUUACCAAAGCAGUUCACAUCGAAUUGGUUGCGGAUUUGACGACAUCCGCAUUUAUAGCUGCUUUUAAACGGUUUGUGGCGAGACGAGGUAAACCGUCGAUCGUCAUGUGCGAUAAUGGCAAGAACUUUGUGGGAGCUAAGCGUGAACUAGAUGAACUGCGCAAGGUUUUUCUCACUCAGCGAUCGCAAGAGCAAAUUGUCUCAGAAGCAGCAGAUGACGGUGUCGAGUUUAAGUUCAUUCCACCUAGAUCUCCUAAUUUUGGCGGCUUGUGGGAGGCUGCCGUUAAGUCCAUGAAGCAGCAUCUCAAACGGACAAUCGGCAUGAAGGUUCUCACACCAGACGAGCUUCAAACGAUACUUGUACAAAUAGAGUCAUGUCUAAAUUCAAGACCUCUUACUCCUUUGAGCAAUGACCCCGGAAACUUUGAAGUACUAACUCCAGGACACUUUUUGGUUCAACGCCCACUCGCCGCACUACCAGAGCCAGCACUCAACGAGGUUCCAGAGAAUCGGCUUUCUCGAUGGCAGUGCGCACAAGAUUUCCUGCAGCGGAUUUGGGGGAAAUGGUCAACGCAAUACUUGUCCGACUUGCACAACAGGACGAAGUGGACGAGGCAACGUAACAACCUUUUCGUGGGGACAAUGGUCUUGGUGAAGGAAGACAAUCUUCCUCCGCUCAAAUGGGCUCUCGGUCGAGUGACGCAUGUCACUAAGGGAGCAGACGGCAACAUCCGGGUGGUGAUGGUGAAAACGAAGGACGCGGACGUACAGCGGACGAACGAGCUCAAGGAUCAAAGGGCUAAAUAUGAACAAGAGCUGAGAGAUUCGGAGCGACGAGUACUAGAACAGGUGGAAAGACAACACCAGUUAACUUAUUCAAACGGAAUAGGACCGGCGGCGAGUUCGACUGGUAUUCCGUUGCCGCGAAUAAAUGAACAGGAUGUUCCCCAGGAGGAUAAGGUUACAGUGAAUGAAAUGAAAAUGCUGGAGGAAAUGCAGGCACUGGAAAGGAAGCAUUUGGAAGAGCAGAAUCGGCUAGCGGAAGUACUGGACUGA